GCGAGUCCACCACAAAGCGUACCAGGCUGAAGCUACCUAUCCUAUCAACAAUCACCACUUUUACAGCAACCCCAUACCUUCCAAGUCCUUUACAACAUAAUCUACGAAUCUUACGAUUCACCCUUCCUUAUAGAGCAUACCUGCAAAUACAUACCCUGGAAAUCGCAAAUCUACGAUAAUCAAUCACUUCCACUAACCGUGGCCUUACUGUCAAACAACAACUUAGCCAUAGGCGUAUGAGGGGCACCCUCAAGGUCGCCAUCUGUGUGAGUGAUGGCGGUGAAUAGGAUCAAAGGGGCCUUCGCGCCACCCAAGAAGGGAGAAACAUAUGAGUUGAGAGCGGGUUUGGUAUCUCAAUAUGCCUACGAGCGCAAAGAAGCAAUUCAGAAGACCAUCAUGUCCAUGACUUUGGGUAAAGAUGUGUCUGCGCUGUUUCCAGAUGUUUUAAAGAACAUUGCUACAUCAGAUUUAGAUCAGAAGAAGCUGGUAUAUCUGUAUUUAAUGUAUGUAAAGACUGUGCAUGAGGAUUAAAAGAGAAUCGUGUACUGAUUCAAUAUUUACUAUAGGAAUUAUGCCAAAUCGCAUCCAGACCUUUGUAUUCUAGCGGUCAAUACAUUCGUACAAGACUCCGAGGAUCCAAAUCCACUGGUACGAGCUCUUGCGAUUCGGACAAUGGGUUGUAUUCGAGUCGAUAAGAUGGUAGAUUAUAUGGAGGAACCGCUACGGAAAACGUUAAGGGAUGAAUCGCCCUAUGUGCGAAAGACUGCGGCAAUUUGUGUUGCCAAAUUAUUCGAUCUUAAUCCUACAAUGUGUCUCGAGAACGGUUUUCUGGAAACUCUACAAGAAUUGAUUGGAGAUCCCAAUCCUAUGGUGGUUGCCAAUUCCGUGACGGCGCUCGUGGAAAUUAAUGAGACUGCACCGGAGACAAAGGCUUUACGGAUCACAUCUGUGACAUUAAAAAAGAUGCUCAUGGCUUUGAAUGAGUGUACUGAAUGGGGUAGAGUGACAAUUUUGUCCACUUUGGCAGAUUAUCAGGCUUUGGAUGUUAGUGAGUCGGAACAUAUAUGUGAAAGAGUAUCUCCUCAGUUUCAACAUGUCAACCCAAGUGUUGUUCUGGCUGCUGUUAAGGUUGUUUUCCUUCACAUGAAGAAUGUCAACUCAGACUUAGGAAAGCAGUAUUUGAAAAAGAUGGCUCCACCACUUGGUAGGUGAAAUAUUCCUGUUCGCGAAGAAUUGCGCUAAUCGUUUCCCAGUAACUCUUGUUGCUUCAGCUCCAGAAGUCCAAUAUGUUGCUUUGAGGAAUAUCGACCUUCUCUUGCAAGCGAAGCCAGACAUUCUCAGCAAAGAACUAAGGGUUUUCUUCUGCAAAUAUAAUGAUCCCCCAUAUGUUAAACUUCAAAAAUUGGAGAUUAUGGUACGGAUCGCAAAUGACAAGAAUGUUGAUCAAUUGUUAUCUGAGCUCAAAGAAUACGCACUUGAAGUCGAUAUGGACUUCGUUCGAAGGGCUGUCAAGGCUAUUGGUCAGGCAGCCAUAAAAAUUGAGAGCGCAAGCGAAAAGUGUGUCAACACAUUGCUCGAUUUGAUUGCUACAAAGGUUAACUACGUGGUUCAAGAGGCCAUUGUGGUUAUUAAAGAUAUUUUCAGAAAGUACCCAGGAUACGAAGGAAUCAUUCCAACCUUGUGCAAAUACAUUGACGAAUUAGAUGAACCAAAUGCAAGAGGAGCUUUAAUUUGGAUUGUCGGCGAGUAUGCUGAGAAGAUUAGCAACGCAGAUGAAAUCCUGGCGGGAUUUGUUGAAGGGUUCAUGGAAGAAUUUACCCAAACUCAACUGCAAAUCCUGACAGCUGUCGUCAAGUUAUUUUUAAAGAAACCGGACAACAAUCAAGGUCUUGUUCAAAAGGUCUUACAAGUAUCAACGGCCGAAAACGAUAACCCUGAUAUAAGAGACAGAGCUUAUGUAUACUGGCGUUUAUUAUCAGGUGAUCUUUCAAUAGCAAAGGUAUUUAUCACUUUUCCUUCCCUAAGGCAACCCAUAAUAACAAUAAUUACAGGACAUCAUUCUUUCCGAAAAGCCACCCAUUACUACAACCAUGACAUCCCUUCCACCAGCUCUCCUCGACCAACUUUUAGGCGAACUCAGCACUCUCGCUUCUGUCUACCACAAACCCCCUGAGACAUUCGUCGGCCACGGUCGUUACGGCGCAGACGCCAUUCAAAACGCUGCUAUCCAAGAACAACGCCAAAAUGCCGUCGAAAACCCAAUUGCGGCGGCCGUUGGCGCAGCCGCAAAUGGUACUGCUGCUCAAAAUAAUGCUGAGAAUCUCCUCGAUAUUGAUUUUGACGGUGCGGCUCCAGCAAGUGCAGAUGCGCCUCCAAGUGCGGGCACAAGUGGAUUGGAAGGAUUGGCAGGCACACCUCAAAGAGUGGAUAGUCCAGCCGUGGGCGCAAGUGCAGGUGGUAGCAUGGCGGAUAUGAUGGGUUUAUUUGAUGCUCCUAUUCCUACUGCAGGCGGAAUGGGUGGCAUGGGUGGAAUGGGAAAUGAUAUGAUGAAUGGAUUCGCAGGGUUGGAUUUGAGUGGUUCUAGUCAACCGCCUAGUGCACAGACACAGUUACAGCAGGGUGGUGGGAAGAAGACGACAGAGGAUCUUUUGGGAAUGUUUUAGGCUUGAAGAUGAUGUUAAGUUGGAGGGGGAAAGAUGAUGCGGAAAGUGAGGGGGGAAAGAGGAUAGCAAAAAUGAGAAUGUUUGAUGAGGCAGUCGGUGAUUAGAAGUUGGUAAAAUUAUUAUGUACGUAUGUAUGUAUUCAAAGUGAUUGAUUCAAAGUGAUUCGAAGCAUUUAAACAUACAUACUCUAUCAAUAAAAGA